GUUGUUCGUGACGGUUACGGACUCAACGCAAGAAAGUCCAUCAUAUUCGAAUAAAUUGCAGCAGACACGCUGAGCUGAAUGCAGCAAGAAAGUGUAUGCAUACGGUUAAUAAAAAAUAAAAUUCUAUGCAACAAAUAAAAGUUUACAAUAAGUGCGUGUAAUAAACGAAAAAUCAAUCAAAGAAUCAAAAAUCAAAUAAGAAAACAGUGUUUAAACAAGAAGUGAGUGUUAAGUGUAUUGUAUAUAAAAUUUCAAUAAUAAAAUUAAAAAUAAAGUGUCUCAAUAAAUUAUUGAAAAAAAGUUAAGAUUUAAUAAAUGCAUAAAAUGAGGCAGUAACAUGACAACAACGGCAUUAAAUGAAAGGCAGUGACAACAAAAACAUAAAAAAAACAACGCCAAGUAGAAUGCGGGGUGGAUUACAAAUCAAAUAAAAUACAACAAACACGGAAAAAGGAAUUUUCAAGUAAGAACAACGAAAAAUGUAUAAAUAGAAUGACAACUGGACAAUUUUCGUUAUACGGAGCAGUAAUCAGAAAAAACGAACGAAAUACAAAAACCAAUACCAAAGUUGCUACAGCCGAGCUAAAACAAGUGGGCUAAGGCAAGAACAAAAGCAAUAAAGCAAGCAGAGCAGCUAACUUGGUAGACCAAAGGCUUGAGCUAAGAGUGGAAGGGCACGUGGAGAGCGGAAAACGCAGAACAAAUGUGUAGUGAGGUCGUUGUGAAAAUGGUUGGAACGACGACAAUUACCAGUUGUUGCAAGUAGCGUAGACUGUCAAAAACUUGUCAAACCAGCACACACAAGUGGCAACGCUAUAAAAGCAAAAAACAAGUACGAACAAGAACAAGAAAAGCGGCGCGACACUAGUACGAGGAAACUAAGAAGCGCAUGAAGAAGAAGCAGAACACUGCUCAAACAAGUUUUUGUAGAGAAAAACAAGCAGCAGAAAAAAAAUAUAUUUUAUUGUAUCCUUUUUUUACCAAAGUCCUUUUCUUUGUCUUGGGCGUCAUGAAGAAGCAGUACAACUAAUAAAAUCAACAAAAGAAGUAGUACAAGCCUUAUUCGAACAAAACAUAAAGUGUAGCGGAGCGAGGACAUAACGUACACCAGUAACGAACACGAAAAGGAACAUCAACCUGAACCGAGGGUACUUGAAGGCUUGAAAACCCCAAAAAGCGCAACAUAGACGUAAGAGCGAUUGCGUUGCGCAGAAGGUGUGGAAAAGAAGAAUAAAUGUUAGAUUGAUACGACAACGCCACUGCUGUAUAUAUCCGGGGGAAAGCUGAAGAAACAGAAAAAAUAAAAUAAAAGGGGUUAAGCUCAAGUGCUUUGAAAAAAGUCUUCCACUGGUUGUAUGCAUGUGAUGGAAACAGUAACUUUGGCUUACAAUAUGUGGUCAUGUAGAUAAUACGAGCAUAUUUUCAAAUCCCAAUAACAAAAACAACAAACUAAAAAAUAAGAAGCAGACAAUUUGAAACAUAGAACAAACCUUAAAAAGUUCGCAAAGUUGGUGAAAAGUGGCAGAGUCCUGAGCCACUCAAAGCAAGAAGCAAAGCAAUCGAAACGUUGGCAGCUGAAAUAACAACACCCGCUAGCCAAGGGCACGAAUAAACGAGCGCAUUGCGACCCCUCUGCAUGACACAUGCCCACAAGGACAUUGGAAUUCCAUGCCAACAACGUCAGAGAUCCGAACAGUAGGAUAAACGGAAUGUAAUAUUAUGCUGCUGACGGUGAAUUUUGUUUGUUUGCAUGAUUUGACAGCAGCAGUAGCAGCAAAAAAGCACAACCAGAUUGUUGCCAUCAAAAUACAAACAAACAAAUAAAAAAAACUAAACAAUUACCUCAGAAGAAAACGCAUACAAAGACAUCCAAGCGUAGAGUAAGUGAGCUAGCUGAAAGCUAAAAGCUGCAAAUAGCAAGCACAGCAGUUGCAACGUCACCAACAGCAAACGGCAAGCGGCCAGUAUCAGCUAGUGAUCCAUUCAGCCAACCAGCGAGGGCAGAACGUGACAGCAGCAGCAAAUAAUGCGCAAGGACAAGGCACUGCGAGUUGGUACGAUGGCAGCCAGGAGCAGCCAGCAAAACGAACGACCAACAGCAACACAAGUGUCUACAGCCAUGUCACAACAGCAACAUUACAACAUGCAUCAGUCCACAAUACCACCAGCAGCAGCAGCAUCAGCUCUGUCAGCUGGCGCCACAAGGGUAGCAACAGAAACUACAAGCGAAAAUACGGCAAUCGGUGAGGAGGGUGUUGGCAUGAAACGUCCCAACAGUAUUUUUCACGCUGCACAGCAACAACAAAUUCCCACGAUAGACAUGUCCUUGAGCAGCAAUGAAACAUUAGAGGACAACAGCAGCAGCAGCAGCGCACCAACAGAGGAAGCGACGCACAAAUUAUAUGCUGUUCAACAAACAACGCUGCCAAAUGCAGCACAAGCGACCAUAACAGCUGAAUUGCCGAUAGCAGCAACAACAAUAGCAAUGAAAUCAACAUCAGUGCAAGCUAGUCGCCUGCCGUCAUUUGAUAACGGCUAUGAUAAUAAGAGUAAGAACAAAAGCAACAGCGGCUGCGGCAGUAUCAGCAAUACAUUGUUGGCACAGCAGCAGCAGCAGCACCACCACCACCACCAACAUCAUCACCAACAACGAACUACAACGACCACAAAAUCAACGCCAGCAGCAACAGCAGCGGCAACAGCAGGCGACGCAAAGGGCAGCGCACCGUACACAUCAACAUUUUUCACGUUGUUCAACAAAUGCUACCGUUGGACCGAUCCCAAAAACCACAAAUGCAGCGCAUUUAUCUUCUCUCUCAAUAUGUUUGUUUUCAUGCUGUGCCUCAUUGCAUUGGUAUUGGCGUUUUACAGCAUUAACCGGCAUACACGUAACGAGCAGCGGUUGAAGGCAGUGUGGCAACUGGACGAAAGAAUAAAUGCAUUGGAGUUGAGGUUGCAAUUAUGUGAAGAACAGCAUCAACAAAAGAAACAACAAUCCGAUGCAGGCAUGAAACUAACGCUAAAUAAUGAACGUGACAGCACUGAGCGUAUUCAGCUGGACGUCAGUAAUUUGCAUAAUCAGCAAGAAAAGCAACCAAAGUCGGUGCAGCAGCAAAUGCCCGAAGAUGUGACACAGACAUUGCACCGAUUGUCGCGGCAGGUGAGCGAUUUGCAUCGUUUGCGACGCGAUGUUUCGCAUUUGCAAUUGUCGCGUCGUCAACAGCAGCGACGGCAGGCGGGGCUGGCGACGGUGACCACAGCAGAUGGAUUACUUUUACCAACAACGCAGCAAGCGCAUUCGGGUGAAUGUGGAUGUACGGCAGACUCACAACCUGCUGAGUCAGUCACUCCAUCUCGUACUAAGCAGAUACAAGGGCUCCAUGUAACUGCUCCUUUCUCUUCGCAGGAGUGCAAACGUGAAGUUCUACUUGCAACUAUUAUUUUAAAAAUCGACACGCCUAAUGGUGCUGUAUCCGCACGAGCCUUAUUAGAUCAAGGAUCUCAAGGCACAUUCGUUACAGAGCAAUUUAUACAAUUAUAUAAAUUACCAUGCCGUUCCACUUCUUUACAAGUGCGUGGGGUAAACACGCAGCAGAAAAAUUGUGUAAAGAAAUUAGCGUAUCUUAAACUGUAUUCCUGCGUAGAAUACGAUUAUACACUACAUGCAAAGGCAUAUGUCUUACCCAAGUUUCGUUCAUAUCUGCCACAACAGAGUUUUAUUCCAUUACAGCUUAGUUCUGAUAUUUCAAAUAUUCCUCUAGCGGAUCCUGAAUAUUUCAAAUCACGUUCCAUAGAUCUUAUCUUGGGCGCUGAUGUAUAUGGUUUUCUAAUGAAAGACGCUCAAAUAAAAACUGAUAGUGGACUUAUUUACCAAAAUACUCAUUUUGGAUGGGUUAUCUCCGGACCAAUGUCAACAUCGGUUAAUAUUGAAACAAUAAAUACACAUCUUUGUCAUAUAGAUGAUCAGCUUAAGCGUUUUUGGGAGCAAGAAGAAUUGCCAAACAUAAGACCGCAAUCUGCUGAAGAUAUAGCCACUGAACAACACUUCAUUUCUACACACUUAAGGGAUAACACGGGUCGAUAUAUUGUAUCGCUUCCUUUCCGAGCUGAGCUUAAUGGGAAACCAGUACCAGAGUUUCAUAAUUCUCAUUUAGGUGCUUUAAUUAGACUAAAGAAUAUGGAGCGGGUGUUUGCCAGAAACCCAAACUUCCAAAUUGCUUACCUAAAGUUUAUGAGAGAGUAUCAAGAUUUAGGGCAUAUGGAGUUGGUUGGAGAAUACCCCAAAAAUCUUACUCCGCUUUCAUAUUAUUUGCCACACCAUGGCGUAGAAAAGCUUAGUAGCACAACCACAAAGCUGCGCGUUGUAUUUGAUGGUUCGAGCAUAAAAUAG